UCUCCAGCUGGUAGGGCUGAUAGUUUCAAGCAAAAACAUUAGCCUGUCUGUGAGUCUAGCAAGUAGAUUGCACUGGCGAUCAUUGAGCAAAGUCGUGCCAUACAGUCAGCUGAACGCCUGGAAAAUAACCUCGGCCCAUCCACGUUCGCACAAUGCGACUUGUUAAAGCGUUAUAACUACGUGUUUACUCAUGUGCGCGUAGAAAUCACUCGUCGAAGUGGCAUAUAGAGGAGAAAAAAUCGCACACGUCGAGAAUACUGACCGAUGGCUGCGUCUCCGGAAUCAAACAUGGCAGAUUUUGAUGCGAUCUACGAGGAAGACGACGACGAGGACCGAGCGAACGAAGACUCGCUUGUCAGUCUCGUGCCAGAGCCCGUGGUCAUCAGAGGUGCGGGCAACAUGACCGUAUUUGGGCUGAGCAACAAGUUCGACACGGAGUUCCCGCCCACGCUAUCAGCCAAGGUGGCACCUGAAGAGUUCAAGGCGACCAUUAUGCGCAUAAACAGUGUGCUGCGCAAGACAUUGCCGGUGAACGUGAAGUGGCUCUUUUGUGGGUGUCUGUGUUGCUGCUGCACUCUUGGCUGUUCCCUGUGGCCUGUCGUCUGCCUCAGCAAAAGGACAAGACAUUCUAUAGAGAAAGUCUUGGAUUGGGAAAAUAGUCAUCUUUAUCACAAGCUUGGACUGCACUGGAAGCUUGGAAAACAGAGGUGCGACUCCAACAGCAUGAUGGAAUAUGUGCUUCUCAUUGAGUUUAUCCCAAAGCUGGCCAUUCAUCGGCCGGACUAAAAGCCGUCCACUGUCACCACCAUCGCAUCCGAACCAAGGUUGGACAAAAAGGGCAGCAUCACAGAGGGAGUGCAUCUGCAGUGAAUCUCAAAAAAAAAAAAAAAAAGACCGGACGCUGGGGAGUGGCGGUGUGCGUGCGGGCCAAAGUGCCUGCAAGGCUGCAAGAUGGGGUUCUGACUGUAACUGUGGCUAUGUACUUGGUCCUGGGCUAGCUGCGUGACAUUGCCACUCGCUUUCAGGGUUCUAUCGUUGUGCAGCAGAAAACAUGUCUGGGGAAGCACAGAGGAUGCGUGCGCCCUGCUGGUGUUCCAGGGGGCCUCAUUUGCUUAGUCAUGUGUUUCUGUUUUCUGAAGCACAUAAUGCCCGGUUAUAGGUAUUGAGAACAAUGGUGGUGCUGAAGGAGUGCCGAACUGGUCUGUUGAGUCGGGCACUCUGUUGCUGGGUACGUGUCGUGAAUUGCUGCCCGUCACCUGAACAAACGCUUGUAUAAUGUGAGUGCUGGUUGACAGCUGCUGCUAAACCAGAAUGCACGAAGUGCAAAUGAGCCGUGUCAAGAGGGAGCUCUGCUUGACAACAAAAUUUGUCAGCUUGACAAGUUGAGCGCAGAAAGAAAAAAGUUACACUGGUGCCUUUUCAGCAAGGUAAUUGCAACAACCAGCAUUCUACUACUUCACUGGUGCCCUUAGUAUGUUACUGUUCGCUGUAGUCAGCACUGUUACUUUGCAGCAAUGCGCAUGCCUUCACCAUAACAGCUCUUACACUAUUUUUCUGUCCCGAGUGUCGAUUUAAAGUGUCAGUGUUUCUGACAGGUGCCACAAAACGUAGCAUCAUUGCAUAAGCAAGCAUAAGCACUGGCACACUUUAUGAAGUCUCCUUUUGGGUAACACAUUCAUUAUUGGCAGAAAGUUUUCUUGCUGUUUUUAGCAGCGGAUGCCCUUGUUGCAGCAAGAAGUGGCAGCACUGGGAAAGGGAAGCGCCUUAGCUUCUGUAUGGACGGGCACCUCUGGUGUGAAUGGCAUGUAUGAGACAUAUAAAGGUGCAAUAGAUUAGUGCACAAUUGUUGCAGAAGUACUGCACCAAGAGUCGGUUAGUUUGUUCGCAGUGGUUGCAUUUGACUCGUCUCUCGCUGACAUAUUUGAUGCAGCGAGUAGAGCUGUCUCAGAACUAGCAUGUCAUUGUGACCCUGGCAAAUCCAAGUGCAGGGGUACAUAGAAACUUAUCUUCUUGUGAUGCCUAUACUGCUGGCUAACGUGCUAGGAUUUUCUUAACUCAAUAGGUAGUCACGUACCAUAGAACUUUGUUGAUUACACCCCGGUUCAUGCAGCUUCCCGGUUUGUACUUGUAUGUUGGAAUAUUUAGAACACCCUGUUUGCAUGAUAAAUUGUCCUGGAUAGCAAAGGCAUUUCUUUUGUUAAAUCGCUUUUAUUUUUUAUCGGAACUCAUCAACGAGGUUCUAUAUCUUGUGAUUGAAUAUGCAGUUGUUUUACGAGAACCAACAAAUAACCAGAGUGCCUAAUAAAGUUAUGGCACAAGAUUUUCUUAGGUGCUGGCAGAAUCCAGCAUGACAUUGAGUGCUGGACUUAAAUAAUAAAAUUUCAAAUACAGCUACACAGAAUAGAGAAAAGAGCUUCUCUGUGGCAAGACCUUCAAGUAGGUAUGCAUCGCUUGUGCAACUUUGUGGCGUUGCAGACUUCAUAGUUUGGCCAUAUGCAUUGCAGUCCCUUGCAGUGAAAAAAGGUCUAUGUUGUGGCUGCUCCCUAAAACUUCCUAAGUGCAUGUCCUGCUUCGGAAAUGAUUUAAAUAAGCUGUACUGCCAUCGCACCAUAGAUGAAUCAAUUUUGAGAUUUGUUCGGAAUUCGGUGCCUCCUCAGAUCCGCAGGGAGUAUGGCUCAGGACUGCAAGUUUCUGAGAUAUUGGAACGCUGAAUUGAAUAUGGGUCUGUUCCUUGUGAUCUAGCUGACCAGUCGUGCAUUGUGAGAGCCUAGGGAAUACCUUGAAAGAAAAUAAACAGCAGUGACUAUAGACCUCAUUCAUAAUUUGCAAGUGAACUUCCCUGCACUGCCCAUUUGCCCAACUAAUGGAAGCACCGGCCAUCAUUCAAACAGAGACAAAGUGUUAGCUGCUGAUGUUGAUGGUUGUCUUGCACGCAUCUAUAUUUUCCGUGUCGUAAUGCAAGCAAAUUGUGCUUGUGCACAAUAUUUGCAAAAAUGGCUUAUGUCACCAUUAGUUAGGCAAACUGUCUCAUUGGAAGGAUAGCUUUGCAAUUAUGAAAAUGAUCUAUUGGCAGAAAUAUUUCAAAAUUAGGUGACCUUUAAAAUGCCAUAGAUGCCUGAAGAUUAGACGGAGCAUAUAAACAAGGCUUUUAAUAUGCUCUUGAUAGGCUUUUAAUAUGCGUUUCUUAAUGCCUUAUGUCUCACUGCUGUAGUCAUAAUAGGUGUCAUAAUUAGAGAGCAUUUACAAACUGCUAUGAAGUAAUGCAAAGAAAUUGGUCAGCAUUUGGCAAUUAUUUCUUAAAAAGUAAUGUAAUUGCAGUAUGGUUUGAUUGGAUUCAAGACCUGAGCAGUAUAGCAUAUCCGGUGAUAAUAAUGUGCAAUUUAAGGCUCCUAAUUUCACAUUCCUAUUUAUUAAACUGAUGCAGAUUAAACACAAGGCCACUUAUUACACAAGGUGCAGAGUGAUAAAGGAUUUAAUAUUGUUGCGUUGCCAUCGUCAACAGUUAAGGCAACGACAGUAGCUGAAAGCAAAAAAAAAAUAUUGUAGGUACAAAACUAAGCUCUUGAUGUGCGCUUGUGCUGCCUUGAAAUGACAUUGACGAGGUACAUUAUGUGAACCCCUCAUUUCAAAUCUUGUGUGAUACUUGUACAUAUAUUACCAGAUCCACAUGCAAGAUGCUGUGUUAAUGAGGGGUGAAGGGUGUGACGGUGUUUGGUACCAGGAGCCUUUUGGUGGCUUGAAGUACUUGAUGGCCGAUGUACCUUACUAUAUCAGAUAAUCGACUCCAUAAACUGUGUGAAGAAACACACUUUGGUGUCGCUGUUCUUCGUGCCGCAUAUGAUGCCCCAUCCUCAGUUCUGCCCUCUAUUUAUUGUUGGCACAAUUUACCGCAUGAUCUGACAUGGCUGGCAGACCUAUGCAUAUCAAAAAAGUGUUGAGCUGUUUUGUAUGUACUUUUUUUCGCUUUUGUGUGCUUGGAAUAAAAUCCCAUAUAAAGCGAAAG